AUGAAGGACAUUUUAGGUGAAAAACUGCUUCCUGAUCUGGCUUCUACUCCAAGGCUUGCAGAACAGACAUUUUCAACCUCAGUUUCAGUGGCUGAAUUUAAGUCCUUGUUAGAGCAAAUACACCUAGUUGAAAAACCAAAGGUUCGUGGGCGGCCUAAAGGGAAAACACAAUCAGUAACAGGAAUUCCAAAGAAAAUCGAGAAUAAACGAAAACAAAGUCAAGCGCGAAGCCAGAAUAAGAAAGCCAAGCGAGCUGACAAGAUCAAGGACAAGACAGAUUCGACCAAGAAGAAGGGAGCCAAGAAGAUACAUGUAGAUGACAAGAUCAAGACCGAUGUGCUGAUAGACUUGUCAACUCUUGAUGAUUUGGAAGAUGACAUCGGACCUGGGGAAGAUUUGAGAGAGGUGAUCAAGUACGCUCUGCAUGGUUAUUUGGACGACCUUCCAGAUGGAGAACUUGAGCACUGCUUUGAAACAUUGAAGGAAGAAUAUUUUAACAUGAAAAGAGCCCGCAACAGUAUGGACAGAUUUGUGCUAUGUCUUAAUGACCCAGUGCACUCUUUCUUUUUGGAGUCAUCACGUAUCUUCGAAACAGAAAUGGAAGACAUCGCAAGUUAUCUUUGCCUAUCGAAUAAAUGGAAGUCGAGAUUUGUUUCUUUUAAGCAGGGAAGUGGAGAUUACCUCAUGCUUGUGUGUAGUGUGUUAGCCAAGGCAUAUUCGCUGCAAGUGUUGCCGUCAGCUAUUAUUGCAACACUACAUGGUAUACCUCACCACCUGAAAGACGGCGAACAGUAUGUUAAAAGGGCAGAGGAGGGUGUUGAUGAAACAGUGAAGCUGGCCAUUGGUAACAACACGUUAAGAGACACAGAAUUCAAGACUCUGCUUCAACCUGACGGGAUGUUAAAUGAUAAUGUUGUGAGUGCUUUCCUUUCUGUGCUGUCGAGACAGGCAAAUUCAAAGAUCCAAAACACUGCACUCGUCUUGCCAUCCUUCCUGGCAUCAAAAUGGGAGAAGAAUGACAACACGUGGAUUUUCAAAAAUGUUGAUGUGGAAAAGUUCACCUGGGUAUUUGUUCCAAUUUGUACCAAUAACCACUGGAUCGUGCUAGUGGCUAACCUUCAGCAGUCAUCAAUUGGAAUUUUGAAUUCAAUUCAUUGGCCUGGCAGCCGUGUCGAGAUAUUCUUGUCUGGUUGGAGAAACUUCAUGCAUGCCCGGGGUGAUACCAGACCAUGGAAAUCCAAAUUGUAUGAAUGCAGCGAGCAAGAAGACGGCAGCAGCUGUGGAGUCUUUCUUCUGAUGAAUGUAGAGGCUAUUUUGCUGGAUGUAGUACCAUCUGUUAUGCGCCAGUUCCAUGCCAGGAUGUAUCGCCAAUACAUAGUUGGUAGAUUGCUCAAGGAUGGUGUGGAAGACGUCAACCAGAGAUGCGACCUUCCCUUCUGUAAGAUGGAGGACAACAAGGAUCUAGUGCAGUGCAUUGAAUGUGAUCGCUGGUGCCACCUAUCCUGCUGUGAAAUGGAGCAGAGGCCAGAGAUAUUCUGUUGUUUGUAUUGUAUUUGAAUGAUGUAUUAGAUACUUUUACUUUAAUAGCACCUUUCAUAAAUUUUCAAGAACAUGUCUUGUGGUCUGGCGUGCGUAACAACUUGAAAUUGCAGCUGCUGAAGAUGUUCAGCUGAAGAUGUAUGUACUGCUGUCCACUUGUGUCAAUAAUUGUUUUAAUCUACUGUUGUACUGUUGUUUUCAUGUAUGACCAUCAGACCUAGUUCCAACAUAAGUUUUCAUCGAUGUCUGUAGUCAGGAGUGAGGAGUUGAAAUAGUUGCAGUUCUAUGAUAUUAGACUUACAGUCAACCACAUAAAGUUGGUCACAUGGAGGGGAGAAGCAAUUUUAAUUUGAAUUAUCUGAAGUUCGACAUGUGAUUGCUGUGAGAUGAUCUUGGAGAGAGGCAUCAGUUGUUGACAGGAGUAGUUCACAUUCUCUCUCAACAGACACUUAAUGAUCGUGCCAUAUUUUAGUUUUAAUACAUAAAUUAUGAUUAGAGAGCAUGCAUAGGUGGUCUGGGGAUGUGAUUUAAAUGCUCAUUUGUCUUUCAAUAUGCCCAACAUGUAUAAAUAGAAUAAAAGCUAUUAUGAGACAUUUAGGUCAGAAUUUUUUGCUGGCUCUACUAUAAGACAUUCAGGUUAGAAUACUUUGCUGGUUCUACCAUUUAAUGCACACGCCAGUAUAAAGUGAUGGUGUUUUUGUGGUAAUCUGUGCCUUGCAUGCACAAGGUGGGGAGGGUACUGAAAAUUGGAAAAUUUCUUUGUGCAUCUCUAAUGUUGUUCAUAUUCAGUUCAUAUAUAUCACUUUUCAUACAAUUUUUUGGAAUAAUAUGUUUAU